AUGGCGAUGAACAGCAGAACUUCCAGACGGUCAAUAUCUCCGAAGGACAACAUUGCCGACCAAGAUGACCAACACAACCUCACAUGGAUCAUGAUCACCAACCCACACCAAUCCAAAGACAAGGACAUGAUGAGGAACGUUCGCAUACAAGUCAUGAACGACUACCUCACCAAGGAACGCAGAAACCCACACAGUACCGAUGCUCGCGUACGACAUACCGUGAAACGCUCAAAGACCAGUACGUCGCCAGAGAUGAAAAAGAAGUCGGGUCCUCAUAAGACAAGAAGUCAAUCCCCUCCUCGUGCUAGGGACUCGGCAAUGGGCUCUGCACUACCAUCGCCCGAGAUGGUAUACGCUCAAACGUACCAAGAUUUAGAAGCAGAGACGUUAGACGAUACAGAGUCGGCGGCGCUGGCGCCGUGUGCGGCUUACGACCCACCAGUGGCAGGCAUUGGUGCAAAACUGGAUGUCUUCAAUGCGACUCCGAAGUUUGAUGGGGAACAUGUCGAUGUUCUCAUGUUAAAACACAAUUGUAUUCAGGCCAUGUGCAAGAAAUGGGUUCCAAUGUUGUUCGCCGGUCGUGCAGCAUUCCUCAGCACAUUAUGCAUCUCGUCCGCCUACCUCGACAUGAUGCAGAUGGAUUUCACAGUCACACGGACCGCCAACUCGAUCGAAUCUNNCCAAACCUUUGAAGUUUCAGUCCUUCGCGAGAAUCGUCCUCGACAACAGUACCUUGACUAUGCUCGAUCGAUCUCUGGACCUGCGGCACGAGACCGUUCCUCUGCAAUGCCAGAAUCGCCUCUAUACUACCCCACCGGUGUCCAUCAUACUCUAGCUCGCACGCAACGCUGCGAUGAAGAGACUCUGGAUCUUGUGAACUAUGUCCGGGACCUUACACAAGCUGUCAUGGACCUCGAGGAAGCGUCCGCGGCAGAUGCUCCUCACGGCGAAAAGUUCGGACCCAAGGCAGCAAGUAGAAUAUACACAGAGCUGGAAGUCCAAGCAUUGCACAGGAAGAAGCGCAGAACCGUAGACCACCUUGUCGCACUCGAGGCUCGAGACGAUCCGAUGUACGAAGCGGUACGACUUUGUGCUCUACUCUAUGCCACAGCCAUUCACUGCAACAUGCCCCUCUCCACCACUGCCUGCAGCUUCCCAAGUCGUAUUGUGCUACAGAUAAGAGACAAUCUCCUCCGUACUGACUUAUCAAACUGCUGGGACAGCAUGGUAGGCAUACUCUUCUGGUGCACGAUUGUGACUGGAGCAGCGUGCAACAAUGCAGACGACGAAGACAUUGAGGUGCUGGCAACCAAGAAAUGGAUGGUGGCGCUCGCCAUCAGAAGCUCGAUUCUGCUGAUUUUCCAACACACGGAUGCUAUGGUGAGGAUGUUGAGGACGAUAUUGGUUGUGCAGAAGGUGUUGAGAGGUUCGGUGGGCGAAGCGGAGAUCUAG